AUGUCAACUACUGAUCGGGAAAAAGAAAUUAUUGAGAAUUUAAAUCGAGUCAGACAAACUGUACAAGAGCUUCGAAAAUCUCCCCAUGCUCGAUUAGUUGCUGUCAGUAAAUAUAUGCCCUCUGAGGACAUUGAAUAUGCUACAAAAACUGGACAAACCCAUUUCGGUGAAAACUAUGUACAAGAAUUAGUAGAAAAGAGUAAAAAGCUUCCUUCUUCCAUUGAUUGGCACUUUAUUGGUCAUCUUCAAACAAAUAAAUGCAAAGCAGUGGCAUCAAUUCCAAACUUGUUUGUUGUAGAAACAAUUGAUAGCUCUAAAAAAGCAGAUGCAUUAAAUAAAGCUUGUGUUAAUGUUGGACGUGAAAAUAAACUUAAAGUUUAUGUUCAGGUGAAUACAAGUGGUGAAGAAGCUAAAAGUGGUGUUGAACCUUCUAAUGCUCUUGAGGUUUGUAAGCACAUUAAGGAAAAUUGUCCUGCUUUAGAAUUAUACGGUUUAAUGACGAUUGGUAUGAAAGAUCGUGAUGCAAAGAAUAAUCCUGACUUUGAGAAAAUUGUUCAACUAAGAAAAGGUAUUAAAUCAUCCUUAGAACUUGAGCAUUUUGAAGCGAGUUUUGGUAUGUCAGCAGAUUAUACAGAAGCUUUAUUGGAUGGAUCAGAUAACGUUAGAGUUGGUACUGCUAUUUUUGGUGCCAGAAGAGUAAAACAAUAA